AGAUAAACGACUUCGUCGUUUCAUAAACAUUAGAUAAUCAGGACGCACGGUCCAUGGCCGCCGUGUUUCAGAGUCGGCAUUGGUAGAAUGGCAUUGAGAACAUCGAGCUUACUGACAGCCGUCCAAUUGGAGGCCGAAAAUUCUAACGGUGCGCCUGCUCCACGGAUUCCGAGCCCCUUGCCCCGUCUCUCCUUCUCUAAGCCCUGUUGGGUCGUCAGGACGGAGUCAAAUGUUCGGAAAGAAGUAAGAAAGCAGCCAGAUCCACCUUGUGUAGUCUGUAAAGGGAGUGGAAGGGCUGAUUGCCAUCAUUGUCGUGGAAGAGGAAGGACGAACUUUGUGCAUUUAGCAAUGCUUCCUAAAGGCGAAUGGCCAGAAUGGUGCAGGACUUGUGGUGGAAGUGGUCUCAGCUACUGCUCUCGCUGCGUUGGGACUGGGGAGUAUAGGUAUAUAAUGGGCUUCCAUUUCAUGAAGAUGGAUGCCAAUCACACCCAAGAUCAGAAAAAGUAUGAGGUCCAAGGUGACCGAGAACGCGGUAGCGCCGCAGAUUUACUUCUAAAUGAAGAAUAAUCAAAUUCAACGAUGGCUUAACCCACGGAUUCAGGAAGCAUGUACUUGCAACUUGAUUGCCAUAGGAAAACAUCGUACAAUGUGGUUAAAUUCCUGUUGAUACGAUCACAGUUUGAGAACCAUCUCCUCUCUCUCUCUCUCUCUCUCUCUCUCUCUAACACACAUACAAGGGAAUGCAAUGUUACUCUGAAGUGACCAGUUGAGCACAAUAUGAAACCAUGAAAAUACAGAAUUUUGUGGAUGUCUUGUAGCUGAAUCAUCGUUUCCUGCUAUGAUGGCGAUUAUGUGGCUUGCUUUA